AUAGCGAACCCUAGUGUCGCCCAACAAAAAAUUUAACCGAACCAUUUUUUUCUGCUCCCAGUCAGACAGCCAGUAGAAAACUCCGGCGCUAGAAUUUGACUUUCCCUGCGAAUCCGAAGAUCGCUCGCUCGCAAAGGAGGCAAUCUGUAUCCCGGCAAUGGGGGGAAGUGGGAAACGAUAUCAUAACCGGAGGGAUUAUGAUGGUGACAACAAGAAUCAGAAGAGACGGUUUAAUGAUAGAGAUGAAAGAGGCAAUGAUGAAUUGGUUGUUUAUAGAAUCCUAUGCCCAGAUAAUGUUAUAGGAAGUGUAAUUGGUAAAAGCGGAAAGGUGAUCAAUUCCAUAAGACAAGAGACAAGGGCAAAAAUUAAGGUGAUGGAUCCAUUUCCGGGUGCCAAGAAUAGGGUUAUAACAAUCUACUGCUAUGUUAAGGAGAAGGAAGAUGUCGAGGUUGAUGAUGAAUUCAAUGCGAAAGAGCCUUUAUGCUCUGCUCAGGAUGCGCUUCUCAGGGUUCAUGCUGCCAUUUCUAAUGCAGUUUAUACUGCUGAGGAAGCUGACAAGGAGGAAUGCCAGAUUCUUGUGCCGUCAAGUCAGUCUGCAAAUAUCAUUGGAAAGGCAGGGGCAACAAUAAAAAAGUUGAGAAGCAAGACCAGAACUAGCAUUAAGGUGAUAGCCAAGGACACUAAUGACCCAACUCAUGCAUGUGCAAUGGACUUUGACAACUUCCUUCAUAUGAGUGGUGAUUCAGAGGCUGUGAAGAAGGCAUUAUUUGCAGUUUCUACAAUCAUGUAUAAGUUCUCACCUAGGGAAGAGAUUUCUCUGGAGACCACCAUACCAGACACCCCUCCCAGCAUUAUUAUUCCCUCAGAUGUCUCUAUUUAUCCUUCAGCUGGGUUGUAUCCUAAUGCAGAUUCUCUGCUUUCUUCUAGAUCACUUUCUUCGAUUUUAGGUGCUGCACAUGUUCCUGAUCUUCACGGUUUUGGGGACACGGGUAAUUCCUGGCCUGUUUAUUCUUCUGCCAUGCCUGUAACUCCUGGUUUUGGUGGUCCCUCACGAUCUGAGGAGUUAAUUAUAAAAGUUUUGUGCCCCUUUGACAAGAUUGGGCGUGUCAUUGGCAAGGGAGGGGGUACCAUUAAAAGUAUAAGGCAAGAUAGUGCUGCUCAUGUCGAGGUCGAUGAUACUAAACAUGAUCGAGAUGAGUGCGUCAUUACCAUCACCGCAACAGAGUCGCCUGAUGAUUUGAAGUCUAUGGCAGUUGAAGCUGUUUUGUUGCUUCAAGGGAAGAUAAAUGACGACGAUGAUUCUAUUGUUAAUAUGCGGCUUCUUGUUCCAUCUAAAGUUAUCGGGUGUAUUAUUGGAAAAAGUGGUUCACAUAUAAAUGAAAUCCGCAAGAGAACUAAAGCUGAUAUCCGCAUAUCAAAAGGCAAUAAGCCUAAGCGUGCUGACAUCAAUGAUGAACUUAUUGAGGUGGUUGGGGAAGUGGUUAGUGUUAGGGAUGCACUUAUCCAGAUAAUUCUGAGGCUCAGAGAUGGUGUGCUGAAGGAUAAGGAUGGGCAUCAUAACCCUUCUGUUGGUGGUGAUUCUCUAUCUUCUGGCAGUACUGGUAUUUCAAUGCCAUCUAUUUUCUCCUCUAUUCCACCAGUUGCACCAUUGGGCUAUGAUCAGAGGGCUGAACUUGGAAGUGGAUUGGGACUACUUUCUUCAAGCAACUUCUAUGGAUAUGGAUCUUUGUCGUCGGUUGGAGGAAAUGGCUAUGGUUCUGUGUCUUCAUAUUCAUCAAAGCUGUAUGGAGGGCCGCCUACACCUUCAGCACUUGAGAUGCUGGUCCCUGCUAAUGCUGUGGGCAAAGUACUGGGCAAAGGAGGAGCAAAUAUAGCCAACAUUAGAAAGUUAUCUGGAGCAAUGAUAGAGCUUUCUGAAACCAAAUCUUCUCGGGGUGAUCGAAUUGCUCUUAUAUCUGGCACACCUGAGCAGAAGCGGACUGCUGAGAAUAUGAUUCAGGCGCUUAUAAUGGCCACCUGAGGACUAAGGACAGUUCCUGAUAUCUGAAGGUGCAUAGUUAGAAUCUUGGAAUUGUUCCCCUCGAAAGUUUCCUCUCCAUGGUUUCUUUUUAUUCUAGAGAGGACUUUGUUUUCUAGGCUUCUUCAAAUGGACUCGUGUUUCCUUUCCCAACAAUAUACCCAGUGAUCAGGCUGGAAGGUUCACUGCUGGUUUAUAGUGGUGGGUUGUAGGUUUCCACCAUUUCUUCAGUUCUUCUCCAAUUGUGGUAUCCUAGAGCUUUGUAGGGUCAUUCUCUCUGCAUCUUGUUAUAUCUGGGCUUAUCGUUUACUUUGUGCGCUUUCAUCUUGUUUCCAGCAUUGUUAUGCUCUAUAAACUUGAUUAUCGCACAAGGAAAUACUUUUUAGUUACCAUAAUGGUCAACUUCAUGAGUUUUGUGUGAUAAUUUCUCUGCCCAUGUGAUCAUGUUCUUGUCUCAGUCUCCUGUCUGAAGGAUGUUUUCUAUCAAUGAUGAAAGUAGGAUGCUUGUUAAUGAUCUUUUCUUCCUCAUUCCUCGUUUGCGUUAAUAUUGUAGCUUAAAACAAUGCAUUCACUUCAGGAGCUAAAAAAAGUACAAAAGCCCUGUGGAAUGGACUUUCAUCAUCCUUUCUUUUGUACUCGGUUAUUUUUUCCUGAGUUCAGAAAGGGGGCAUUAAUCCCUAUAUCUUAAAACACUACUUGAUUUUCAGACUUUAAAGCCGUCAGUGAUGCUUCUCUAGAUCUCACGUCAUGUAUCUUAUGAAAUCAACACUCCAUGGUGUAUGUCAAAAAUUGCCAUGGUUUAUUUUCAUUAGUGCAGGACAUGAAAGAACUUUUCCUUCUGAAGGUACCCCCCCCAGCCCCCACAAAAAACUUGUAAGUUGGCUCUUGCUUCAGGCUUUUUGAUGGUUUCCUUGUUCUUCUUAGGCAGAUGAUGAUGAUAUAGGCAGAAGUUCUCCUAGAUGGGGAUACUCUGUUUAACGAUCGUAUAAAUUCGUCUUUCCCCAUCAAUCCUACUCUUCUGAAAGACUUACCGGCACUGCUCCUCAUCACUCGAUUUUCGAUCAUGAAAGGACUUGAUUUAGUGACAUUGCUUUUUAUUUUCUGGUCCUUUUCUCUACAGUAUUAACUGGAUAAUGUUGAUGCGAUGAAAUUACUUUUUUCAUCUCUUGUUAUCAAUCGUUUCUUAAUGUUCUACGAAACUCAUGCUUUUUAGUCUAGGUUCUUAGUUGAUAUGGUCAUAUGGUCCAUUCAACAAACAUCAAUACAGUAGUUAUCUUCCGAGACACUAACUCAGUUGCAUAAAGUAUCUCUAUGCCGUUUUUAAAUUUAUCAAUAUCAGUAACUGUUGCCCUUCCAGUUUGGUUUUCUCAGCAUUGUCAAUAUUCUCUUUGCUCUAUUCAUCAAUGUUCACUUCUCUCAGUAAAAUUCACACUUUUUGCUAUAUAUCUUGUGGCACCACAAAAUGGGUAAAUUUGGAGGCA